AUGUCUGCCUCAACUCGCAUCCCUCCUAUCGCCCAGCCGUUCGUCAGCGACAAGGCCAAGCGCACCCUCGACCUGGUUGAGGAGUUUGUUGAGAAGGACUGUAUCCCCGCUGAUGCUGUCUUUACCGCCCAGCUUGGCGAGGGCGAGCAGCGAUGGAACACUACCCCCGCUAUUAUGGAGACCUUGAAGGAGAAGGCUAAGAAGAUUGGCUUGUGGAAUAUGUUCCUGCCUAAGAACCACUUUUCUCAGGGGGCUGGUUUCUCUAAUUUGGAGUAUGGCUUGAUGGCUGAGUUGCUCGGCAAGAGCAAGAUUGCUUCCGAGGCUACCAACAAUGCUGCCCCCGAUACUGGCAACAUGGAGGUGUUUGCCAAGUACGGUAACGACGCACAGAAGAAGCAGUGGCUUGAGCCUCUGCUGCAGGGCAAGAUCCGCUCUGCUUUCCUGAUGACCGAGCCCGACGUCGCAUCCAGCGAUGCCACCAACAUCGAGUUGAACAUCCGCCGCGAAGGCAACGAAUAUGUCCUCAACGGCUCAAAAUGGUGGUCCUCAGGCGCCGGUGACCCCCGCUGCGCCAUCUACCUAGUAAUGGGCAAGACAGAUCCCACCAACCGCGACACCUACAAGCAGCAAUCCGUCGUCCUUGUGCCAGCCGGUCUGCCCGGUAUCACCGUACACCGCAUGCUCCACGUCUACGGCUACGACGACGCCCCUCACGGCCACGGCCACAUCACAUUCAAGGAUGUGCGCGUCCCCGUAUCAAACAUGGUCCUCGGCGAAGGCCGCGGCUUCGAAAUCAUCCAAGGCCGCCUCGGACCCGGCCGUAUCCACCACGCCAUGCGCGCAAUCGGCGCAGCCGAGCGUGCCCUCGAAUGGCUUAUUGCCCGCGUCAACGAUGAGCGCAAGAUGACAUUCGGCAAGCCUCUCGUCGCACACGGCGUCAUCCUUGAAUGGAUUGCCAAGUCCCGUAUCGAAGUCGAUGCUGCUAGACUUAUUGUCCUCAACGCAGCUAUCAAGAUUGACCAGGGUGAUGCCAAGGGUGCACUAAAGGAAAUCGCACAGGCCAAGGUUCUCGUGCCGCAGACUGCGCUGGCUAUCAUUGAUCGUGCUGUGCAGGCUUAUGGUGCUGCUGGUGUCUGCCAGGAUACCCCGCUGGCUUAUAUGUGGGCUGGUAUUCGGACGCUGCGCAUCGCUGAUGGUCCUGAUGAGGUUCACUUGCAGCAGCUUGGUAAGCGUGAGAAUAAGUCGCGUAAGGAUGCUGUUACUGCUAAGUUGAACUGGCAGCGUGAUGAGGCUGAUCGCUUGCUUAUUGCUUCUGGGUUUAAGGCUAAGAGUCGUCUGUGA